AUGAGUGAAGAUAGUGCUCGUCCAUCCGUUACCAUACUUCGAUCGGACGGAUCACCUUUACCAACAUCCUCUUCUUCGGGUGGUAAUGCGACAUCUUCGAGUUCUCACGGAAAUCCACCCCCACGACCACCAGCGACCUACGCAAACGCAUCCACUUCUGGAGCCAGUGGUUCAUCCACAAUCGGUUUGGAAGGAUUGAACGAUGACGAACAGUUGCCGCCAAAAUGGGAAAGACGUUUCACUGAGAGCGGUAGACCUUACUAUUUGGAUCAUUUGACAAAAACCACCACUUGGGUGCGCCCCGCUCCGCUACCCCCAGGUCACUUUGUUGAUUUCUCACCGUCUCUGUCUGCCAGUUGGGAGCGUCGUCUCGACCCGAACAAUCGAGUGUAUUACGUUGACCACAACACCCGAACCACAACUUGGCAGCAUCCCAGCCCAACUCUGUUGAACACAAUGGCCCAGUGGCAACAGAUGUCAGCCGCCCGAUCGGGCAUGUUACAGCAGCAGAUCAACGAGCGGACUCACUGUGAUGAUUGGGGUACCGAGCUUCCCAUCACCGAAUUUGUUGGUAUAGCAGAAUUCGAUACCCAGGCCCGUGGGUCCCAAAUCACACAACUGACGGUCGGGCAAACCGCCUGGUCAACAGCCCCGUUGCACGGUACAGUUAUUUCAAACGCAUUACUGGUUCGAUGA